UUACACAGCCUUCUUGGCGGCAUCAGCUGGGGAGAUCUUCUUUUCCUUGUUGAAUCUUUGUCUGGUUGGUGGAGCUCUGUUUCUUCUGUCAACUCUAGAUCUGACUCUGACAAUUCUGGCGUGGAUAGCACAGGAGAUACAGUAGUGCAACUUGUUGUACAACUUUGGCAAAGCGUAUUCGGCGUAGACAGAGGCUUCGGACAAAUCUCUGACAGCGGCAGCUUCAACCAUGUUUCUGAUGGUGACACGCUUGAUGGCCUUGUCCUUAGGGACACAUCUGGAACAGUUGACACAUCUGACUGGCUUGACGUGACCUCUACCCUUCUUGUUACGACCGUUGGAAGCUCUCUUCUUUGGCAUGUGUGGAUCCUUAUGGGAAUCGAGAAAAAAAUUUCAACCUCGGACGAUGAACGGGCUAUUCGGAAGGGACAAGGCUUCAAUUCGAAUCGAUCUUUACGUGCCCCAGUCUUGCGUGCUAUCCAGCCAAGACAAUUCACCACCACCUCUAUUGUCCGCCAGGUGCCAGCUGGCUACAAGAAGUUGUCUGACCUCAAGACUGCUGAUGACUUGAUCGGCCCAGGUGCCCAGCCGGGUACUGUUCCGACCUCUUUGGAGCAGGCUACCGGUUUGGAAAGAUUGGAAUUGUUGGGUAAGUUGGAAGGUAUCGAUGUCUUUGACCAAACACCGUUGGAUGACACCAGAACUGGUACCAUGGCCGACCCAAUUGUCAUUGAUUCCUUCGAUGACUACCGCUACGUUGGUUGCUCUGGCUCUCCAGCUGGCUCUCACCCAAUCAUGUGGUUGAAGCCAACUGUUGAGAGAGAAGGUAGAUGCUGGGAAUGUGGUUCCGUUUACAAGUUGAACUUCAUCGGUAACCCAGAUGCUCACCACCACUAA